GAUUUCGGUGACCAGAAAAAACAACUCGGGGACCACUAGGGAGGGCCCCCAACCGAAGAAGACCGCCGAAAGGCGGUCGCCAAAUCAAGCAUGGAGCAGUUCGAGCAGCUGCUAACUUGUGCAAUAUGCCUGGAUCGAUACAGAAAUCCGAAGCUCUUGCCAUGUCAACACAGCUUUUGUAUGGAACCAUGCAUGGACGGCCUCGUCGACUAUGUUCGUCGACAGGUCAAAUGUCCGGAAUGUCGUGCCGAACAUCGUAUACCAUAUCAGGGCGUGCAAGCCUUUCCGACCAACGUGACACUGCAGCGAUUCCUGGAAUUGCAUAUCGAGAUCACGGGAGAAUUGCCGGAUCCGACCAGCGGUCAGACCAUGGAACGCUGUGGCGUUUGCUCUGAGAAGAGUUACUGUCAGCUGUGCGUACAUUGCGAGAAGAAAUGCUGUCCCGAAUGUAAAGAUGCGCACAUGGAUAUUUUGAGACGCGAAAUUGCCCGCAUUAAUUCCCAGGUGCGCAGAGGAUUGCACAGGCUGCAGGACGCGCUGGCCUUGGUGGAAAAAAACACGUUGGGCCUGCAGACAAACUGCGCUUCGGUCGCCGAGGAGGUGGACGAGAUUUAUCGGAGGCUGAGCAAGGCUUUGAAAGACCGUACGGAACAUCUGCGUAACGAGGUCGAUCGAUACCUCGGCACCGAGCUCAGAGGCCUGAUUCAGCUCAAAGAGAAUCUCGAAUUGGAAAUCGCGAAUAUCCAGAGCAACUGCGAUCUGGCGGAGGCGCACAUAAAUGAAAACGUGCCAUGGGACGACGCCGAGCUCCUGGACACAAAGGAGCUCUUCCUACGCACGGUGGAAUUUAUCAGGAACUUCGAAUACGAAGCGGGGGAUUACAACCGACGAGUCCGCUUCGUGAUGGCGCACGAUCCGAAUCAGCUUGUCCUUCACGUGGCGGGUUACGGCGAAUUGAACAUUAAACCGGAAAGCGGAAGCGGCGGAUUGCUGGGGAGUUCCAGCAGUUUAGCCCCACCGGUGGGUUCGCCCGGUCUUAUGAGAAGCAAGAGCGAUCACCGUCUCGCCUCGCAAUACAGACAGCAAGAGGAGGAACGGCUAGCCAGGAAUCGAUACGUUCCUGAAUACGAGUACGAUGCACCGGAGUACGAGGUACCCAGGAACAAAUCCAGGUAUAGGAGUCGAUUUAUGAGGCAUCGGGACGGUGACGAUUCUGACGGUGACUCCAGAUCGACGGUGAGAUUCACAUCGACGACGCCGCAGGAGUCGUCCAGCUUACGGGAGCGCGUUCUAGACACGGAGGAUGCUGCACGCGGUCCGUUGUCCGGUAUAUUUCGCCUGACGGACUCGCCACGAGUCAUGAGGAAGCUACAGGAGUGCGAACGGGCCGGCAAGCGAAAGAAGGAGGAACCGGCUAGUCAGCCCAUGCCGCAACCACAACCGCCUAAGCCGCAGGUACAAGUGAGAAAGGUACCGACCGCAAUGGCGAGACAGACCAGCGAGGACGACGAGAUCUCAAGGAUCAAGAAGCAGAACAAGAAUGUGGCGGCGACUGCCGUUCACACCGAGACGGUAGAGGAGAGACAGCCGACUUCGAUGCCCGCCGCCCCUGUUCAUCCGCCGCCACGGGAACUUUCGGAACGGGAACCCGAGGAGCAGCCGGUUAGAAGACCUGCUAUUGUCAGGAGAACUUCGGAAACUCACGCACCCCCCGCGGCCAGGAGUGCUUCGUCGGACUCGAGCACCGGCUCCGAGAGUUCGGGGGGAUCCGGAAUACGUAGCACGGGCGCGCCAUUCACGACGGAAGAGAUGAAACAGAAGUACCUGUCGAGAGCACCCCCGACUAGCACGACGACCACUGUCUCCACCACAACCGGUAGAGAGCAAUCGAGCAUUGCCCCGCAGACUCCCAGACCGCCGUUCCAGAGCCGUUUUUUAGGCGCAGGUAACCGUGCGGCUCCACCACCGCCGGUUCAGACGCCGCGUGAGGAACCAGUGGCAAAGAAGAAGGAAGAAGAGGAGGAUGAAGACGAAGAAACAAGCAGCUCUUCUGAGGAGACGGAGUAUUCGUCGCCGAGGGGCAGCCCCGCGCAAUCCGUGACGAUGACGACGACGAUGACGCCGAGCGGCGGCGGCGGUGGCGGCGCCGCGAUGACGACGACGUCGACGCCGGGCGGCUACACCAGCAGAUUCUUGAACAAAAGCAGAAGCCAAGCGGCAAUGAUGGCAUCUCGCGAACGAGAACGUGAACGUGAACGUGAACGGGAUCGUGAACGUGAACGCGAACGUGAGCGUGAACGCGAGCGAGAGCGUGAUCGCGAGCGAGAACGCGAACGAGACGUGGACGCGGAUAUCGACUCACCCUUGUCGACGAGAUCCCGUUACGCAGCUCUGAAGGAACGCCGACAACGUCUGGCCCGUUCCAGAAGCUCGCACAACUUUGGCGGCGAAGACCUUGACCUGGACGAAGAACCACCAUCGCCGACAACCCAGUCACCGAAUGCCUACCUGGCGGCGAAAUACGGCGCCGGCUCCGAACUGGCACGAAGUCGCAGCACCCACGCCCUGAAGUCAAGAGAGCCGAGCCCGGAACGUGAUCGACCGGGCACGGAAAAGGACGGCGCGGCAUUGAGCUCUUGGGCCAGAUACCUCAAGAAUAAAUACGGUAACCGUACCACCAAGGACAAGGAACCGCCCUCCUCGUCCUCCACGAUACCUUCAUCCAGCACCAGUGCGGCUUCGCGAAGGUUGUCGUUGGGUUUGCCUUUAAGGCACACCGGGCAAACAUCCUUUGAAUCCUCUGACGACGACCAAAAAAACCCGUCAGGCUCCCCCACGUCCCCUACAGCAGCUCCCGUUAUACCCGCGGCAGCAGGUUCCUCCACUAGCAAUGGUCGGAGGAGUCAUUACUUGCUGAAGCGACGGCAGCUGUUUAAGUUCGGGAUGCGGGGGAGCGAAGCCGGAUGCUUUACCUGGCCGAGAGGCCUCGCAGUCGGCCCGGACAACUCCAUCGUCGUGGCCGACAGCUCCAACCAUCGUGUUCAAGUAUUCGACGGUAAUGGGAACUUCAUGAAGGAGUUCGGAACAUACGGCAGCAAUGAGGGUGAGUUCGAUUGCCUCGCCGGGGUGGCUGUAAACCGGAUCGGGCAGUACAUCAUCGCGGACCGCUACAACCACAGGAUCCAGGUGCUCGAUCCAUCCGGUCGCUUCCUGCGAGCUUUCGGCUCUCAGGGCACCGCCGACGGCCGAUUCAAUUAUCCUUGGGGCAUCACCACCGAUGCUCUCGGAUUCAUCUACGUAUGCGACAAGGAGAAUCACCGCGUGCAGGUAUUUCAAUCGGAUGGUACGUUUGUGGGUAAGUUUGGCUCGUGUGGUAGUGGACGCGGUCAGUUAGAACACCCACAUUACAUCGCGGUAAGCAAUACCAACCGAGUGAUCGUCAGCGAUGGCAACAAUCAUCGCGUGCAGAUAUUCGAUGUAAACGGCCGCGUGUUGACGUCCUUCGGGUCGGAGGGCUCAGACGAGGGCCAAUUUAAGUUCCCGCGGGGUGUCGCCGUAGAUGAUCAAGGCUACAUAAUCGUCGCCGAUUCUGGCAACAAUCGUAUACAGAUCUUUAGCCCCGACGGCGCCUUCCUCAAGUCCUUCGGCUGUUGGGGCAGCGGUGAUGGUGAAUUCAAAGGUCUCGAGGGUGUCGCCGUCACAUCAACAGGCAACAUCGUCGUCUGCGAUCGCGAGAAUCACCGGGUUCAAGUAUUCUGAGUUCGUCGAUUACAUUUUAAUACUGAAGAAACUCUAAUCUUUUAUCAAACGGAUACCUAUCGUAUUGACCGAUAUUCGUGUUUAUUAAUAUUUUUAAUAAGCAAUUUUAAUGAGCAAAUAUUUAUAGACAGUAUCGCAUAUUUGGAUAAAAGAAUACAUUGACGUCUACAAGUCUGAAUCUACGGAGUCGAGUGUUAAAAUUUCCAAUAGUUUACUCGCACUGACUUUUCAAUUUGAAUUUUCUAACGAAUAUUUAGCAAAGCUCGAAAUUGAAAAAAAAUAAAAGGAAAUAAAACUGUUUCAAUAU